GCUCCUCCUCCUCCUCGUCUUUGAGCCUAUCGAGGUCAAAAGACAAAAACCCGUUCUUUCGUUCUAAUCACAAUUGUUCUUAUGAAUUUUUCCUUCGUUGCCCUCCUCUCAUCAACGCAUGGUGAGAAUUGAGAAGGGGAUUGGGGGACGGCACGUGCUCCGAUUCGGAUUGUUCGUUAGCUGCUCAUUUGUUGUAGAUUUUGGACGGAUUUGUUAUAAUUCUUUAUUAUUUCAUAUUUGAUGUUGAAGGUGAUGUUUUUCUUAUCUGCUUCACCUGUUUCAGUCAUGCUGGUAGGCUAUCUCUCCUCUUAAUCUCCUCUUUCUAACCCUAGCUUUUCCUUUUUUGUUUUUUCUUUUACAUUUGCUUUCCUUACUUUUAUUUGAUGGAGGCCUUCUCUUCUUUGUGAAUUUAAUUACGUGGCAAAUCGAUCUUUUCUUCCUUUCUUGUUCAUCUUCUGAAUUUCCUGUUAGUCGUUUGACUUUUCCUUCUUUUUUUUUUAUAAAAAAAACUAUAGAGGUAGAAGUGUAAAAAUAGGUCAGUUUCUGCCUUGUCGAUUAGUGUGAUUAUAGAACUGUUUUGCUCUGUAUUAGAACUAGGUUUACACUAUCUGUGGGCUCUUGGAUUCUAGAUCUUAGUCUCUUUCUUUCUUUUUUUGUAGUUAUCUUCUAUUUGUAGCUUUCGUAUGUUAUGGCUUUCUUGCAAAAGGAAGAAAGUGUUUUCCAAAGUUUUGAUUGGUAUCAGUAGUAGCACUGCGAUGCAUGAGGUGAGAAUACAUGUGACCUGAUCGAUUUAUUCUCUUCUGUGAGGGAUUCUUUUUAUUUAAACUUGAACUGUUAAACAAAACCAUUUUCUUCAGAGAUCAGUCUUCUUGUUAUUGAGUUCUGCUGGUUUCUCAUUAUUUUCCUUUUUUUCUUUUUAUUGGCUUGUGCUUCAUUUAAUUAUACUUAUUUUAUUACAUCCACAUCCACCAACCCAGCAACUUCAUCUCAGUCUGAAUAUCUAGUUUAGGAUUUCUUUUAGUUGAUUAUGUUCUUCCUGCAGUUCCUUAGCAUCAGCUGUUGAUGCUGUUGCUUGGCUUCACAGAUGAAAGAACUGUGACGGGCCUGGCACUUUUGUCCAAUUGUUAACUCUUUCUCUUCCCGGCAUCCGAUUUAAUGUGAUAAGAACUUUUGCUAAGAGGGUGUUACUUCUUACUUCAAUCAUGGAGUCUCAUCAUGAUCCGCUCAGUAGAGAGUCAUCGCAGGAUUCUGAAAGGAAGAUCAUUAUGCACCCCCUUUACCUUCCCAAGUCUUCACCUUGGCUCGACCUGAAGGUCUUUUAUGUGAGGGCGAGCAACUUUGAGGUUGAUGAAUCAACACCAGAGCAUCUCACCCUUAACCAUAUUCCACUGACCCCCGACACCAUCCUCGAAGUGAAUGGUCGUAGAAGUAGCAUUUAUUCAGAAUGCGUUUCUUCUUUGCUUAGAAGGGACAGAGUUGACAAGAAAUCAGAAGAAGCUACAUUUGUCAGCACGGAUAAUAUAAGGAUGACCGGAAGUGUGAGAUUUGAGGUCUUUGAUGGAAAUAAUCUAUUGCUUGCUGGAGUCCUAGAGUUGUGCAAUAGUAGUGUCCUGAAAGGGGAAUCAAAAAAUCAUGGCAAGAAAUGGAGCAUGAGAUGCCAAUCUGUGAUGUCGGUUGAUAAUGGCUUUCUGAAAGGCAAGCAAUAUAUGAGUCCAGAGAUUCCUUCGCCCGUGCUAGAGGUGUAUGUUGCUGGGUGUUUCUCGGGCAAUCCCAUUAUCUUGACUAAGACUCUGCAGCUUGAUUGCCGGAGGAAGCAACAGAAGACAGUGGGGCUAAAUUCAAUUCUUGAGUAUGAGACAGAUGAAGUGAAGAAAGAGGUGCCAUCUGAGGAUGCUUUGCAGGUGUCAAAGUUCAAGGACUUUAAACCAGAGAAUGAUGUCGAUGUGGAUUAUAACAGUAUCUAUUCUUGUGAAGACUAUGCCGAAGGGGAGGAUGGGGAACUCUCAUGGUUCAAUGCUGGUGUCAGGGUUGGAGUGGGUAUUAGUCUCGGCAUUUGCCUUGGCAUUGGAGUAGGUGUCGGUUUGCUAGUUCGUACGUAUCAGGCCACUACCCGAAAUUUUAGGAGGUGACUUAUUUGAUCAUUUUGGUGGUACUGGCUUCCCCCUACCCCUUGUAACCACUGAGUCGUCCUUUUUCUCAUCAAUUGAGCAACUGACUUGGCGGUGCUCAUGUGGUACUUGUCCAAGCUGCGAAUUCUUAUUGUAUAGGGAUCUGCUUGUGGAUGACUAGUUCUCUCUGUGAUUUUGCCAUGUUAAUGGAGUCUUUUUUCUUAUUAAAAACAAUUAUGGUAAGAAUGUUUGGCAGAAGUUGUAAGCAGCUAAGCUUUUGUGGGCAACAUAUGCUGAUUUUUAUAUGUUCUCAUGAUUUCCAUAGUGGAAUAUAAGAUGGGGAUUAAUCUGUCUCUUCCUAA